UCAUCCUCUAGACCAUCGCAGAUCUUUACUCCUGGCUCUAGCCAGAUCCCAUUAGUGCGAGAUGCAAUGUCAGCCUCUUCCAAUUGACGUUAUCCAAUGCCUACAGAUAGAAAUCUCCUCCGGAUCAGGAAGGUAAACAACACUUACCGAUUUCGGCACUUGCAAGUUGCAAAGCGCUACGCGGAUGGAUCGUUGACACUACAGCGAGUACAGUCAGUGAACAACACAUCAAGAGAAUUGCGAAACUCACUGCAUCGCUCUCACAGUCUUGAAGCACGGAAAUCUAUAAAGCUUCGCGCUGUGUCUUGAUUUCUUGUUUCACCAAAGCAAGUAAGGAGCAGCAUUCACUCCCAAAGAAAAAAAAGAAAAAAAAAAACAUCGCUAUCACUUCGUCACAACCUCUCUGCACAACAUCACUGUUCACAAUGCAUUUCUCCAAGUUCCUACCUCUCCUCGCCGUCGUCGCCUCGGCUGCUCCUGCGAUUGACAGGCGCUCCGAUGCUGAUGCCGCGACGAACUACAUUGCCGACAAGCGCUCCGACGCUGACGCGGCAACCAACUACAUUGCGGACAAACGCUCCGACGCUGAUGCCGCGACGAACUACAUUGCCGACAAGCGCUCCGACGCUGAUGCUGCGACGAACUACAUUGCCGACAAGCGUUCGGACGCAGAUGCUGCUACAAACUACAUCGCGGACAAACGCUCUGAUGCCGACGCAGCUACCAACUACAUUGCCGACAAGAGAAGUGAUGCAGACACUGCGACCAACUACAUCGCGGACAAGCGCUCUGAUGCCGACGCGGCUACCAACUACAUUGCCGACAAGAGGAGCGAUGCAGACACCGCGACCAACUACAUUGCGGACAAGAAGCGAUCUGACGCUGAUGCCGCAACAAACUACAUCGCUGACAAGAGGAGCGAUGCCGACAGCGCCACCAACUACAUCGCCGACAAGCUCUAAGCGAUUCGCGAACGUUCUCCCUAUAGGCACUUGCGUGCUGCCACAGCACCUUGUUGAUGUAUCUGGAUGCAUCCGCAGGAAGUGAUGCGCGGUGUCCACCAAGCUUCGAUUCUGCAUCCAAUUCCACGGCAAUGAAACUUUGGAGGAUCAGGCUCAGAAGCCGGUGGUCUUGUACUUAGGGAGUUCGUAUGGUAGCGGCAUCAGCAAACCGCAAAAUGCUGUUUGCUCGCUAGUUUGCUUGCUUACUUGCUUCGUUUCUCCUUUCUGUCCCCCUAACUUUCCGUCUCUCAUUUAGUGGAAUAUUUGCGACAUAGGGCCUUGGGCUCCACGGAGGGCGUUGCAGCUUUCUGGGUGGAAACUGCGCGAAGAAAAGAAGGCGGUCCUUAAAGCUCCGGACUAAAGUGUAGCAAAGGCUUUCAACAUACCUAGCUUAGUCUUUGUGUUUUAGUUGACAAUAAAAUCAUGCUUUACGCU